AUGAAAAGGAGUCUAGCUGACGCUUCAACUCGCAGCACAGCAGGUUGUCUGCCUGUACCUCUGUUCAAUCAGAAAAAAAGAAAUAGACAGCCCCUUACUUCAAAUCCACUUAAAAAUGAGCCAGGUACCAGUUCUGGGACUCUUACUUACGACUUUUCUCCCACAUCAUUUGGCUGGGGAACUGCAAACCCAGAAGUAGCUGAACUACAGAAAGCAGCAGACAAUAGAAAUGAGUAUACUCCUUUAAGUAACACAACAGAGUCAAGAUCUGAUAGUGGAAUUAUUCGGAAGUUUGAGAGCCUUUCAAAUAGUUUGAAAACCGUCCAGCAGCAAAAACCCCCUGAUAUCCGUAAUUCAUCUCAGCAUAUCAAAAAAACAGAAACCAGCCAAACAUAUACAUCUAUUUUUUUUACUCUUUCAAAAAGUCUGCAGGAUCAUAGUCUGGCAUACAGGUUUAACCACAAUAUUCAGCAAAAUAAAAUGAAUGAAAAACAAUAUGAUUGUGUUCCAGAAGACAAAAGUCAGGAAGUUUCAUCAUCUCAAUUCAAAAUUAAAGAAAAAAAGAAUUCUUUGCGAAUCAUAUCUGCUGUCAUUGAAAGUAUGAGGCACUGGAGUCAAUAUGCUUAUAAAACUGCCCUAUUAUUUGAAGUUUUAGGCACACUUGAUUCUGCAGUCACACCUGGAGCAUAUGGGGCAAAGAAUUUUCUUCUGAGAGAUGGAAAGGAGAGUCUGCCUUGCGUAUUUUACGAAAUUGACCGGGAGCUUCCAAGACUAAUUAGAGGUCGAGUGCACAGGUGCAUGGGAAACUAUGACGCAAAAAGGAACAUUUUCAAGUGCUUCUCUGUAAGACCAGCAACUACUCCAGAACAAAACGCUUUCCAAGAAUUUGUUAAAAUUGCAGAUGUUGAGAUGACAGCAUAUGUAAAAACAAUGAAUGAAAUUUAA